UGCCUGCUCCAGCCGCGCGGCCCGUUCUCCCAGCCCGCCGCGGCUCCGCUCCCGUCGUCUGCUCAGCCUGCCGCCACCGCCGCGGGCAGACUCAGCGCUCCGGCCCGGCUCGGCUCGGCUCCGGUGCGCGCCGCGACCAUGCAGCGCCGGGGCGCCCUGUUCGGAAUGCCGGGCGGCAGCGGCAGCAGGAAGAUGGCUGCAGGAGACAUCGGCGAGCUCCUAGUGCCCCACAUGCCCACGAUCCGCGUGCCCAGGUCCGGGGACAGGGUCUACAAGAAUGAGUGCGCCUUCUCCUACGACUCCCCGAAGGUAAAAGGGGCAUCUGGAGGAGCUUUACCAAAAAGGAGGAAUUCCAAGAUUUUUUUAGAUCUAGAUACCGAUGACGAUUUAAAUAGCGAUGAUUAUGAAUAUGAAGAUGAAGCCAAACUUGUUAUAUUCCCAGACCACUAUGAAAUAGCACUGCCAAAUAUUGAGGAGUUACCAGCCCUGGUAACAAUUGCUUGCGAUGCAGUUCUCAACUCAAAAUCUCCAUAUAGAAAGCAGGACCCAGACACAUGGGAAAACGAAUUGCCAGUAUCCAAAUAUGCCAAUAACCUCUCCCAGCUCGACAAUGGAGUCAGGAUUCCUCCAAGUGGUUGGAAGUGUGCCAGGUGUGACCUGCGGGAAAAUCUCUGGUUGAACCUGACUGAUGGCUCCGUGCUCUGUGGAAAGUGGUUCUUCGACAGCUCUGGAGGCAAUGGGCACGCUCUGGAGCAUUACCGUGACAUGGGCUACCCCCUAGCUGUGAAACUGGGAACCAUCACUCCUGAUGGGGCAGAUGUUUACUCUUUUCAAGAAGAGGAACCUGUGUUGGAUCCUCACUUGGCCAAGCACUUAGCACAUUUUGGAAUCGACAUGCUUCAUAUGCAUGGGACAGAGAAUGGGCUCCGGGACAAUGACAUCAAGCCAAGGGUCAGCGAGUGGGAAGUGAUCCAGGAAACGGGGACGAAGCUGAAGCCCAUGUAUGGCCCUGGGUACACAGGUCUCAAGAACCUGGGCAACAGCUGCUAUCUCAGCUCGGUCAUGCAGGCCAUCUUUAGCAUCCCUGAAUUCCAAAGAGCGUAUGUAGGAAAUCUUCCAAGGAUAUUUGACUACUCUCCUUUAGAUCCAACACAAGAUUUCAACACACAAAUGACUAAGUUAGGACAUGGCCUUCUCUCAGGACAGUAUUCAAAACCUCCCAUGAAAUCUGAACUCAUAGAACAGGUGAUGAUGAAGGAAGAACACAAGCCUCAACAGAAUGGCAUCUCUCCACGCAUGUUUAAGGCCUUUGUAAGCAAGAGCCACCCGGAGUUUUCCUCCAACAGACAGCAAGACGCCCAGGAGUUCUUCCUGCACCUGGUGAAUCUAGUAGAGAGGAACCACAUCGGCUCAGAAAACCCAAGUGAUGUUUUUCGGUUUUUGGUGGAAGAACGUAUUCAGUGCUGUCAGACUCGAAAAGUCCGCUACACAGAGAGGGUGGACUACCUGAUGCAGUUACCUGUGGCCAUGGAAGCAGCAACCAACAAGGAUGAACUUAUCGCCUAUGAAUUAACGAGAAGGGAAGCAGAAGCCAACAGAAGACCCCUUCCUGAGUUGGUUCGUGCCAAGAUACCAUUUAGUGCCUGCCUUCAGGCCUUUUCUGAACCAGAAAAUGUUGAUGAUUUCUGGAGCAGCGCCCUACAAGCCAAGUCUGCGGGUGUAAAAACAUCUCGCUUUGCCUCAUUCCCUGAAUACUUGGUAGUGCAGAUAAAGAAGUUCACUUUUGGUCUUGACUGGGUUCCCAAAAAAUUUGAUGUUUCCAUUGAUAUGCCAGACCUACUUGAUGUCAACCAUCUCCGGGCCAGGGGGUUACAGCCAGGAGAGGAAGAACUUCCAGACAUCAGCCCCCCCAUAGUUAUUCCUGAUGACUCAAAAGAUCGCCUGAUGAACCAAUUGAUAGACCCAUCGGACAUUGAUGAAUCGUCAGUGAUGCAGCUGGCUGAGAUGGGGUUCCCUCUGGAAGCGUGUCGGAAGGCCGUGUACUUUACUGGAAAUAUGGGAGCUGAGGUGGCUUUCAACUGGAUCAUUGUUCACAUGGAAGAGCCAGAUUUUGCUGAACCGCUAACAAUGCCUGGUUAUGGAGGAGCAGCUUCUGCUGGAGCCUCCAUUUUUGGUGCUACUGGAUUGGAUAAUCAACCUCCAGAGGAAAUUAUAGCUAUCAUUACCUCGAUGGGGUUCCAGAGAAACCAGGCUGUUCAGGCACUUCGAGCAACGAAUAAUAACCUGGAAAGAGCUCUGGAUUGGAUCUUUAGCCACCCUGAGUUUGAGGAAGACAAUGACUUUGUGAUCGAGAUGGAGAAUAACGCCAAUGCAAACAUUAUUUCUGAGGCCAAGCCUGAAGGACCUAGAGUCAAGGAUGGAUCUGGAAUGUAUGAAUUAUUUGCAUUCAUCAGUCACAUGGGAACAUCCACAAUGAGUGGCCAUUACGUUUGUCAUAUCAAAAAGGAAGGAAGAUGGGUGAUCUACAAUGACCACAAAGUUUGUGCCUCAGAAAGGCCCCCUAAAGACCUGGGCUACAUGUACUUUUACCGCAGGAUACCAAGCUAAACCUCAGACUCACAAAUCGGCAAUAAGAAGCCAUACGCCUUUUUAAUUUGCAAAAAAAAAAAAAAAAAAAAAAAGUUGGGACAGCCAGACAUGAAGGAAUACGUGGGGUAUUUAUAGUUUAUUUAAAGAACAUCAUUUGACGCCUUCUGAAAUAGAACUGGGAAGAAAUUUCUAUUAGUGAUAAUACACUACUGUAGAUAGUUUUUCUUUUUAUAAAUGUUCAAGGAGAGGGUGAUUUAAAAAAGUAUUCAUACUGUUGGUGGAGGAUGCCACUGACACAUCAAAAAAUGAGGAUGUGCCAUCAGCCUCUGUUUCGCUUUGGGGUUCAGCAAUUUUGGCCUCCAGAGAAACCAAGUAGUAGGCUCAGUGGCAUAACCUUAUCCACAAUAAAUGAAAAGCCUAUUUUUAUUUCAUAUCAAAAAUCUAAAUGUACUGGGCUGUAUUUAUGACCUAUUUUUUUCAUUACACGUAAUAAUUUCUGACCUAUCUGUGUACAGUAGAUUAGAAUAUACCUGCAAUGCAAGAUUUUAAUUUAAUCACAUAAAUUCAUAAUACAAUUGUGUGAGUGUGUGUGAGAAUGAGAGUGUGAAACCUUAAUAGUUAACUGGAAAAUCUGCGACAGGUUGGUUUUAAAAGCUUAAAGCAGUUGGCAAAGCAUAGCCAGAAAAAGCAAGUAAAUGUCUUAAGCCAUAACUCAGGAAUAGUUAAAAAUUAGUUCCCCACUUAGAUUUUCAGGCAUAAAAGGAUCGAGUUGUCCCUUUAAGUGCUGUUAAGAGUUGACUUGGGUUUGGUGGUAUAAUGCUCAGAUGCCCACAGCAGAACAAUAUCGUACUUUGCCAAAGGUAGAUAAAUUUUGUUUCUCAGCAGCCCUUCCCCUAUGGUUUAGUGUAUAUUUGUAGUUAAAAUAGCUGAUCUCUUACCAUAACACAUGGCAACUCUGUGGAAUCAUCUUAAGUGCUCAAAUUUGUCUGCAAUUUUCUUGUCUUUGAGCUCAUUGCCUGCUUCCUUUUAUAUAUUUGCUGGGGCCAGAAUCCCAUCUUUGCCCUUUCUGGGAUUAUCACCUCCUGAUUUGCCUUCACAACUUAUUGCUGUGAUGAACAGUGUAACCUUGGGGGAGCUUUUAGGAUUUCAGAUGCAAAGACCAUUGUGAUGAAAGGCCAUCAUUUCCAUUUCAGUAUUUUCAUUAUUUUCUUUGCAACCUGGGAUUUAACCAGAGCUUCAGAUGUGAUGAGAAAGUGGAACACGGUAGUGCCCUAUAAUUUUCCUGUUGCUCUGUACAAAUUUCUGAGUUUCUAUUUCAGAUUAUUCAGUCAAAUGAAAAAGUCAGUUGUUAUUACUGUCUGCUUAACAUACAUUUGAUUGGUAGAAAGGAUCUUUCUAGAAACUAUAGGAAAAGAAAAUAAACCAGUUGGAUGAAAUACAGCACAGAGGGUGUGUUCACAGUGUGAACAGUCAGGAUUUUAGCUGGGACUGGGCCUGUCUCACAGGCGACCACUUGCACCAUAUGAGUGAGGGGCUCAGGCCUGGGACCUGUGGUCCAGAGAUCUGCAUGCUGUCCUGAGUUGGCUUGGGGUAAGUCCCACAUCCUCCUUGUGCCUCAUUUUUCUCAUGUACUAGGGUGCGACGACCCCUGUCCGCUGUGGUUGGAGGAUAUGUAAGAUUUCAUAUGGUGAGUCUUUUGGAGUCAUAGGUAUUCUGUCUUAGGGGUGCCAGCAGAGUCUGCUCCCCCUUUCCCACAUGAUAUGCUCUUCGAUUUGGGAACAGCUGAGAUUGGAGAAGGAGUGAGUUUAUGGAACAGUAACUCUCUGCUAUAGUGUGCCUGUUGGUAUCCCAUUCUCACAAUUUGGGUAUUCUGGGGAGUCCCACUCUAUCAGCUGAGUGCUUGACUCCUGUAGGAGUCCCCAAGCAGCCUUCCAAAAUCCAGUCUUUUUAGGACUGAGUGAAUAUCAUAGAAUAACAGCUCCGAAUAUCAUUGAAAAUGAUUUGUUUUCAUUGCUACCACGUGAAUCUUUUUUUGGGGGGAUGAGGUGUGAUUGGGAGUUUGGAUUGAAAUGUGGACAAAGAUAGCAUGUAUUUGGAGCAAAACAAUUUUAUAAUAAAACUUUGCAAAAGCAAUGGUGUAAAAUUAGUAUUUAAAUUUUAAAAUUAUAAAUUAUAGGUUAUAUGUUAUUUAAUUUCAUUCUGUAGAAAGAGAAAUUCAGCCCCUUUACAAUAUGCUUAAGACAUAUUGUAAAAAAGUAUAAUAUGCUGUUUUUUUUCCCCCCUGCUUCCAAAACAAAGGGCUAUUUCAAUGGCAAAGUUUUAUAUAUCUACCAUUCUUUCUUUCAGAUUGCAUGUUGGGAAAAACUGGAGCAAAUAAUGGAUUUUUUUCUUGCUUAAAAGUACAUUUACAUGUAUACCCUCAUAGACAAAAGUCAGAUUUCCCUGGAAUAGGUCUGGAACAUACUGCUUAAUUUUACAUGUCUGUAGACAAGAUUAUUUAUGUCCAAUAACUGAGAUAACAUUUGUCAAUUGAAUUUGUCAAUUGAAUAUCAGCCUGUUAGGACUGCUCUGUGUAAGGCGUGGCAGUAUAAUUGUGAAAUUCUGUGUUUGGAUGUAUGUGUGAAAGAGAGCACUUUCUUCCUGUAAAUACCUUUUGAUAUCCACUUGUGUAAAGUCCUAAUGAAUGUGUCUUUGGAAAAUAUAAUGUAUCCAAGUUUUUAUUUUGUUAGUUGAUCUAAAUGCCCAUACAGCUAAUCAAAAGGCCAUUUUGGUUCAAAUUGGGACUUUUUUUUAAGGGGGAGGGAAAGUAUGCAGAUUGGAAGGCUCCGGAUUUCAUACCAUUUAAAUUACUAUUACUUCAGUAUUUUGAAAUUGACUCAGUUGUUUUCUCUCACCCACAAGAGAAUGUGCCUGCCAUUCCCUGUGCUCACCAUGGGUGGGAGGAAGUCUGGUGUGAGUGAUCAGUUACUUGUGUUGUUGUCUUGUCCCAAACUGGACAGAGUGGGUGUCCUUCUGUCUCUAAGUGCAAUAGGGCCGAGUCACUGUACACUUUGCCUCUGGGCCUUUUUCCUCAAGAUGAGUGGUUUACACCAAAUGAGCUCAGAAAUCCCUCCCUGCCCUGACAUUCAAGCUUAUUUUUAUUUUCGUGCACUUAGAUAUAUGUUUUGGGGUUGUUAAAGCUUCUAUAUCUAUUCAUUCUACUGCCUGCCUCAUUUUUGGUGUGCCUACCCCAACUUCUGCUCCUGUUCAGCUCACCUUUACUUUCUCUGGUAAUUACCCACACCCUUAGACAUCCCUUUUUAAUCCAUUCUUGAUCUAUUUGUUGCCAUCUCCCCAAACCCUUAAAAUUACAUAGAUAGGUAACAUUUAAAUACUUAUUCUAAUUCAGUUAUAUGUACAAUCCCCCAAGUAAAUGCCGAGAAGGUUCUUCUUCACAGAACGAAUGUCUAUUUUGUCUUCUAAGCAUUGUUGGUGCUAAGUCGCAUCCUCUGUGUGGACCAUGUGGGAGGUGGCUGGUAACAGUUUCAGGGCCAGGGCAUGGGCUAGAUAAAAUGUGUUUCUCUCCUUUAUCUUAGGGCAGCAAUCCUAGGUUACAGAACGAAGCUCUCUUCUCAGUGUAUGGCAUUUCCAUGGAGCUUCCCUACUCAGUAACUCAAUCUUGGAAGUCUACAUUCUAGAUUACCUACUCAGUAGAUAAUGACACCUUGAAAUUUGGCUUGUUCCAGCUUGUGUUGUACACAGUAGGCUUGAACCACCCCCACCCCCCAAAAUGUAAAUUACUUCCUCAGUAUUUUCUAUCGAUUACAUGGGGAAACAAUAUUUUAGAUACAUUUAUUAGAUAAAAGCUAUAUUAUUAAAUUUUCACUUAUUCCUGGUAAUAUUUUUUAAAACGUGGCUACCAAAAAUUUAAAGUUAGGUAUGUGAUGUCUCGGACCACUCCACUCUAGACUCUAAGUGGUGGAGGUAGGCAGUGAAAUACCACAGAUAAGGAAGAUAAUUUUAUGAAGCAUCCAAAUAGACUAAAGCAACACAACUAUUGAUUGGUGUUGGAAUCAGGAGCACAGUGGGGCACAGGUUGCCUUCUAGAAGAUUUUUCUGUGUAAAAGUCUCUAUGACUGAGAUCUCGAUUAACAAACACAAGCAAUUGAGCCCCACACCUCGUUCCUUCAGUUUUGCCUAGAAGCUGCUAACAUACUUUUCAAGCAUUUUAGGUGCCCAGGAUGUUAGCCACUUGAUGUAACGGGCAUGUUUGUUUCAUUUUAGGCAACAUUCUCUUGUGGUUUCCUUACCCUCUUGUGUUCCGUCUGUGCAGAGCUGGGUGUGUUGAAAUACUGUGCAAACUUUGCCCCUCAAGACGUGUGGCUCUGCUUGGCCCUGGAAGAGGCUGAGCCUGCACCUGCGCCCACCUACCUGCCCAGCAGAUUUUGAUGUUGGCUCCUGAAAGAGUUUGUUUUGUUUUGCACUAGUCACAGUUGUUUAAAAUAUCGCAAAUGUUCUGGCAGAGUAUUUGCCUCUGAUGGAGAGAUGAAUGAUUUAUUGCUUCAAUUGUUUUAAAAUUAAAUGCUAUUCUCACAA